AUGGAGGGUGCGCUUGCCGCCAACUGGAGCGCCGAGGCGGUCAACGGGAGCGCGGCGCCCCCGGGGGCCGAGGGCAACCUCACCGCUGGGCCGCCACAGCGCAACGAGGCCCUGGCGCGGGUGGAGGUGGCCGUGCUGUGCCUCAUCCUCUUCCUGGCGCUGAGCGGCAACGCGUGCGUGCUGCUGGCGCUGCGCACCACGCGCCGCAAGCACUCGCGCCUCUUCUUCUUCAUGAAGCACCUGAGUAUAGCCGACCUGGUGGUGGCGGUGUUCCAGGUGCUGCCGCAGCUGCUGUGGGACAUCACCUUCCGCUUCUACGGACCCGACCUGCUAUGCCGCCUCGUCAAGUACCUGCAGGUGGUGGGCAUGUUCGCCUCCACCUACCUCCUGCUGCUUAUGUCGCUCGACCGCUGCCUGGCCAUCUGCCAGCCGCUGCGCGUGCUGCGCCGCCGCACCGACCGUCUGGCCGUGCUCGCCACAUGGCUGGGCUGCCUGGUGGCCAGCGCGCCGCAGGUGCACAUCUUCUCGCUGCGCGAGGUGGCCGAUGGCGUCUUCGACUGCUGGGCCGUCUUCAUCCAGCCCUGGGGGCCCAAGGCCUACAUCACGUGGAUCACGCUCGCCGUCUACAUCGUGCCCGUCCUCGUGCUUGCCGCCUGCUACGGCCUCAUCACCUUCAAGAUCUGGCAGAACUUGCGGCUCAAGACGGCGGCGGCGGCGGCCGAGGCGGCCGCGGGACCCGAGGGCGCGGCGGCGGACUGCGCGGGGCGCGGGGCUUUGGCCCGCGUCAGCAGCGUCAAGCUCAUCUCCAAGGCCAAGAUCCGCACAGUCAAAAUGACCUUCAUCAUCGUGCUGGCCUUCAUCGUGUGCUGGACGCCAUUCUUUUUCGUGCAGAUGUGGAGCGUCUGGGACGCCGAGGCGCCCAAGGAAGCCUCGGCUUUCAUCAUCGCCAUGCUGCUGGCCAGCCUCAACAGCUGCUGCAACCCCUGGAUCUACAUGCUCUUCACGGGCCACCUCUUCCACGAACUCGUGCAGCGCUUCCUCUGCUGCUCGUCUAGCUGCCUGAAGGGCCGCCGGCCCAGGGAGACAAGCGUCAGCAAAAAGAGCAACUCGUCGACCUUCGUCCUGAGCCCGGACAGCUCCAGCCAGAGGGGCUGCUCGCAGCCAUCCACGGUGUGA